UUUGAUUUUAAAUGCUAUUUACAAAUGACCAAGUUUCGGUAAAAUUUCCCUUUAGAGGAAGUAAUACGGGUUUAUUUAUCAAAUAUAUCAUACACUCUCCGACAGGUUUCAAAUAAAUGGAAAAGAGGCAGUUAAGCCCCCAGGCAGUUUUUGACUCUCACUUGUAAACAUUUAAAAAUAUUUAAUUGUACUGUAAUGCACUCCGAAAUUGUUUUCAUUUUCUUAUGUUAUUUUUUUUAACUAAACCAAACAAAUGUAGCAUGUUAAUAUAAGCUACUACUUAUAAUAUGUUUUCAAGUUCAACUUAUAUGUCAUGUUAGUGUGUAAUAUUGUGUUUAUUAUUUUUUAGAGUCUGAAUGAGAAUGAACAAGAUGAGAUUGAGCAUGAAAUCCUUUACACUGCAACACCGGUUGACAUGGAUCUUAUGAAUCUCCAAGCAGAAUGUGAAGUCCAGACAGAAUGUGAAGAACCUGGUUCUUUCAUUCAGGAAUGCAACCAGUCGUGCCUUGAUGUGUCGCUAAAUUUUCAUGACUACACAUGUGAACCAGUACCAACGCCAAGUGCAGUAAGGAUGAUUGAAACACAGACGUAAACACAGAUGGUGACAACAAGCACACAGACCGAGUCAGUGCGGACUUGUCGAAGUAUAGGGACACAGACUGAAGUUGAGUUGAAAGACACCGCAGAACAGACAGUGUUACCCUUUUUAGUGUUUGAAGAUGUAAUGGACAAUCCAUCCAAGUUAAACUUUUAUACAGGUAUACCUAAUAAAGGGACAUUUAAUGCAUUAUUCGAGGAAAUGACAGAUGUGCGAGAGCAGUCCAAAACACCAAGUGGAGGCUGUCCGAAUUCUCUUCGACUUAUUGAUGAAUUUUUUAUGGUCCUGAUGAGAUUGAGAUUAGGUCUGUUAGUGGAUGAUUUAGCUGCAAGAAUCUGCAUUUCAUCUACUGCUUGCAGUAGAUUGCUUAACAAAUGGAUAGACUAUUUAGAUGUGAAGUUAAACUUUUUAAUAACGUGGCCAUCAAAGCAGGUAGUGCAAGCAAAUAUGCCAAAACUUUUUAGGGACAAAUUUCAGGAUACCAGGGUAAUUAUUGAUUGCACAGAAAUAAGAACGGAAACAUCCAGUUCCUUACAGUUGAAAUCCAUGAUGUAUAGUGACUAUAAAUCGCACAAUACAUGGAAAUCUCUAGUUGGGAUUAGUCCUUCUGGCCAUGUUACUUUUGUGUCGGACUUAUGGGUUGGAUCAAUUAGUGAUAAACAAUUGACAAAAAAAUGUGGAAUUAUUGAUUUGUGCGAAGAAGGAGAUUCAAUAAUGGCUGACAAAGGCUUCACCAUUUCGGACUUGACAACACCUAAAGGAAUCAAACUUAUAAUGCCCCCAUUUAAACGUUCUAAUUGUAAAUUUUCAAAGAGGGAAGUGCAACAAACAAGAGAUAUUGCCAACGCAAGAAUACAUGUCGAAAGGCAAAUGGAACGCAUCAAAAAUUUCAGAAUUGUUCAAGGUGUAAUGCCUAUAACUAUGUCUACGCGUGCAUCAAAAGUAUGGAAACUGUGUACAAAAUUAACAAAUCUACAACCUCCUCUAGUCCCUCACUGAAAUUCUGUAGUCCUAGUUACAUUAUGUGUAAACCGUUAGUUAUGCCAAAAUGUACACUGCUUAUUAUAUGGGUGAACUCAUUUGCUACCAUCAGAGAUUAGAAUGUAUAUAAUGUAUAUUUAAUAAUAAUGUAUAUAAUGUAUAUAAUGUAUAAAAUGUUCAAUGUUUUGAGACUGCUGAUUUUAGUAUCUAAAGCUAAAUUAUGUAAAUGAAUGAAGUCACAUGUAUGGUUUAUGAUUGUUCACUGUUCUCUUGUUUGAAU